AUGUUGGCCGGCCGGAUGGCCGGAGAGGCGGUCGAUUUGGGCCGUCCCUUUAAACAGGCCAUUUUGGACAGGGAAACGCAUUUUCGCGUGAGUGAACGCGGCGACCUGGUGACCCACAGUGAACUGGACCGUGACAAAGUGUGCGCCAAGCUGAACUGUUGCCUGCUCGACCAGUGCAGUCUGGAUUUGGAGGUGUUGAUGCUGCGCAACGACUCGACGACACUGCGCGUCAUCGUUCACGUCCUCCUCGAGGACGAGAACGACAAUGAGCCGAUCUUCCGCCUCCCGACGCCGAUGCCGAAGGCCGGCCCGCUCGGCUUGGAGUCUGGACUCGGCCAGGACUCGGACGGCGAGUUUGAGGUGAAGAUCGCCGAGUCGGCGGCCGUCGGCAGCCGGCACAGUCUGCCGGCGGCGUCCGACGCCGACUCACUGCGCUACAACAUCCGUCGCUACGUCCUGUUGCCGGGGCCGGGGGAGGCGGACGAGGAGCAGUCGGGCCUAUCCGCCGGGGAGACUGGCCUCGACACCUUCAGCCUCUACUCGCCGAGCCCUCAGUCGUCGGCCGACUACUAUUCGCCAUCGGCGUCGCCGUUGGCGUCGGCGUCAGCGUCACCGCCGCCGGCGCCACAGCUUCAGGUGAUGCGGGAGUUGGAUCGCGAGCGGCGCAGUCGGUACCGGCUGCAGUUGGUGGCCGAAGAGGCUGGUCCGCCGGGCCGGAAGGCCGUGCUCCGUCUGGUCGUCAGCAUCACCGACGUCAACGACCAUGCUCCCGUCUUCCAGACGGCCGGCUCGCCGUCCAGCCUGACGGUGGCCGAGGACGUGGAGGUGGGCCGAAUGGUGCAUCGUUUCUCGGCGCUGGACGCCGACUCGGGCGACAACGGUCGCGUCGAAUACCUCAUCGACUGGGCCGCCAGUCAGCCGGGCCCCGAGGCGACCGGCGGUCGGUUGGGCGGGUCCGGCAAGUUCAGUCUGAAUCGAGUGACCGGAGAUCUCGUCGUGGCGGGACCGCUUGACUACGAGAUCGAGUCGGAGCGACGUGUC